UCCAGUCCCAAGGGGCCGUGGAUGAUGUGCGUCUGGGCCGUCCUCUCCGCCUGCCCCCCAUCCCCCCGGGCCGCCGCCGCGUCCCCUUUAAAUGCCCGGGAGCCGGAGCCGGAGCCGGAGCCGCGGCUAGCGCUGCGGCAGCCGCAGCACCCGGGCCCUCCGCAGUCCCCGCACGUCACAAGCGACUGUCCAAUCACUGCGGCGCCGGCGCACAUCAAAGGGGCGGGCCGCCCGCGGGCCACGCCUCCCGGCUGCCCCGGAGACUCCCGGAGCGCCCGCGAAGGGCGUGGCCUCAGGCCUGGAAUGAGACCAAAGGAAGCUGUCCCAGCCUCAGUUGUGCUGAACCUGGCUAUCGGACUGUGGAUAUGCUAACAACAGACAGGGCUGGCAGCUCAGGGUGCUUUCACACCUUUCUCUGAGCAAACCACCCCACCCAGGAAUCUCCCCAUCCCCAAGGCCAGUCUGUGCUGACGGGAGCUGGUUGAUAUGAACAUUUAGUUCCUUUUACCUAAAUCUAGAUGCGUCCGCCAGAAUAAGAAUCCUACCAAAAUAAGAGUGCCUCCUGUUUUCAGUAGGCAUUGUAGCUUACAGAACACUCUCUGUAAUUCACAUUAUUUUCCUGAUGAGGAAAAUGAGGCUGAGAGAAGUUAGGUGACAAGUCCAAGGUCACACAGUUGGAAAGGUGGUGAAGGCAAAACUUGAAUGCAGGUCUCUGGAAGCCACCAGUUCCCCUGAGGCAAUGACACAAGGGGAGAAGAUGUGGGUAGCAAACCAGCAAAGAUGCCAAGAUUCUGGCCUUUUGGGCAGUUGACUCUUUUUUCUUCAUUCAUUCAUGCAUGCAUUCAUUCAUUUGUUCAGAACACACGCUCCAGUCAUCACCUUCAAGGAGGCCGCAGUCUAUGGUCCAUCUGUGAAUGGCCUGAUUAUAUAUACUUUUUCGUGUUUAUGUCCAAAUGUUUAUGUUUCACGUCAACUUUCAAAAGGUUGUGACACCACCUCCCCACCCCUCCCUGCAAAAAGAUUAAGAUCCACUGGUAUGACGCAUGCUACUCAGUGUAAAUAGACAGCAGUCGUGUGCUCAUCAGUCCUGCCUGUCUGCCAGUCUGUCCUGCCUGUUUGGAUGACUAAGGCCCCAGCACGUGACCGUCUGUGGCUCAAGUGAUAAACCUGGUAUCUGGACCACAUGAUCCAUCCAAGGCACUGCCAACGUGGGACAGCUCCUCUGAGCCGCUGCUCUCAGAAGAGCAAACCUAUAUAGAAACACACAAACACACCCUCACA